UUCAAGCACAUGUCGGACAAAAUGGCGGAAGCGUCAGAGGCCGAUUGCAUGGAUGCGAAAGAUUCAAUGAAUACCGACUCAGAGGUGGUUAUUCCUGGCCUUGGAGAUCUACCAGUCUCUAGUAAUGAAACAUUAAAACGCGAAUAUCAAUCAGGAAGCGAAAAUGGUCACACUCCUCCGCUGGAAGACGACAACGAAAAGAUGCAACAAGGAGAAGAACCCGAUUCCGGGACGCCGCCACCGAAAAAAAGAAGGCGGUCGAACAAACGCAAAGGUGACAUCCUAGGGGUUCAAGGACCGAAAAAUGCGUUAAUGCAAUUAAACGAAAUACGACCUGGUCUUACUUAUAACGUCCUUUCUCAAGAAGGCCCGACACACUGUCCCACUUUCUGGGUUUCAGUGGUUGUUGACGGGCAGACGUUUGAAGGAAAAGGAUCAAGCAAACAAAAAGCUAAACACGAUGCGGCCGAAAACGUUUUGAAGUCGUUCAUUACUCAGAUUCGUUCACCUGCUAAGCGGCUGGUCACAGAGGCCCAAGGCAUUUCCACGGACUUCACUUCAGACAACACUGGAGCUCUUCUGAAUACAUUUGGAAAUGGCGACCAAGCAAUGGCAGAUAGCGAAACUGAGAGCCCGAGUGAAUCAUCUGCCACACAAUCGAAUGCCGUUAAAGUUCCACAGAUGCAUAGUGAAGGGGGCAAACAUCCAGUUGUGCUCCUAAACGAGUUUCAUCCCGGCCUCAAGUACGAAUUUCUUGGUGAAGAAGGCGAUCAAAAUGCGAAGCAGUUCAAAUUUAAAGUCACAGUCAACGGCCAAGAUUUUUUGGGAAUGGGCAGCAGUAAAAAGAAAGGCAAGGCUAAUGCUGCUUCCAAAGCUCUUUUUGCACUCCAUAGCAUCCGUACCUUUUACACAUUUUCUGGCCAAUCAGAGGCUCAGCCAACAUACUUAGGACCUCCACCAUCAGCCCAGUUGGAACAAGAAGCUGCAGAUCUCAUUGCCUAUGCUGUGUUGACAAAGUUUCAGGGUCUUCAGUCAGCUAUGGGAGAGGAACCAAUUCGACGAAAAGUGUUGGCUAGCAUUGUUAUGACAAGCCGUGGUGACAGCGAUCAAAAGUUUGAAGUAAUAAGCUUGGGAACAGGAACCAAGUUUAUCAGCGGUGAAUAUAUAAGCGAUCAGGGCUUAGCACUAAAUGACUGCCAUGGAGAAAUCAUUGCAAGGAGAUCCUUUUUACGAUUUUUGUACUCACAGCUUGGCCUGUGUGCCGAGGGAUAUGAGGAAGAUUCCAUAUUUCAGAAGAAAGAGAAUGGAUUGUAUGGUUUGAGAGACAAUGUGGAGUUCCACUUGUAUAUCAACACUUCUCCAUGUGGUGAUGCUCGCGUUUUCUCGCCACAUGAGCCAGUCAGUGGGGAAUCUGAUAAGCACCCUGGAAGGAGAAAACGAGGGCUUCUUAGAGUCAAGCUUGAGAAUGGAGAAGGUACCAUUCCAGCAAUGAAUAGUGACACAACCAUCCAGACUUGGGACGGUGUCCUUCAAGGAGAACGCCUUCGCACCAUGUCUUGUUCAGACAAACUGUGCCGAUGGAACAUCCUCGGAGUCCAGGGAGCACUUCUCAGCAACUUUCUUGAACCGGUGUACCUUCAGUCAGUGGUCCUCGGCAGCUUGUACCAUUAUGAGCACAUGUCAAGAGCAAUGUACCAUCGUCUUGGUGAUCUAGAAGGAUUGCCUCCUCCCUUCAAACAGAACCGGCCCCUGAUGAACGGCACAAGCACCGCAGAGCCGCGAGCAACGAUUAGAUCACCAAACCAUAGUGCCAACUGGAGUGAGGGAGACGAGGGGUUUGAAAUUGUCAAUGCCCAAACAGGGACAAUCGGUGAAGAACGUGCAUCCUCGAGGCUUAGCAAACAAAGUCUUUUCAAACGUUUUAUUUCACUGUGGAAGAAGCUGAAGCCAGGCAUACCUGUUCCCUUGUCGUACCAUGUUGCAAAAAGAGGCGUUGUCAAUUAUCAAACGGCAAAAGUGAUUGUGAUGAAAGGGUUUGAAAGACAGGGCCUUGGAACAUGGAUUAGGAAACCAGUUGAGCAAGAUAUUUUCCAGGGAACUGGUUUGCAAGCUCAGUCCGUGUUCAAGGAGAAACUCACUUUCAGACCUCACUCCACAUCCAGCCAGACACACAGAAAGAUGACGUUGUCUAUUGCUGACCGUGCGUCCAAAGCACAGAAGAUUAGGGUACUUCCAGCAGCUGGUAUGGAUCCUGAGGCACAGAGGUCAGAACUUAUCAAGAAAGAAGAUGAGAGGCUCAGAACCCAGUUACGUCGGGAAAAUCAGCAGCGUAGAAUGAGAGAGAGAAGCCAGGCAAAGGGCCUGAGUACCAGCUUCCUUGAACCUGAUCGUUAUGACGAUGAAGGAGAAGAUCUGGAACAGAGUUUGUUGGCCAUAAAGAAAAAGUACAAGAAAAAGCUAGCAGAAGGAUUUGCAAGUGAAUCAGAUGAAGCUGAAGAAAGUGACGGAGCAGGAGGAUUAGAGAGUGAUGAAGAUGAGGAAGGAAAAGAGAGACUGUUGAAUGCAAAGGAAGGCAUUGAAGAUGAUGCACAUGAAGGAAGAAAGAGGACUGGCAGUGAAGAUGGAAACACACCGAGAAAGAAGAAAAAGAGUCGACAGAUUGUUGAAAGUGAUGAAGACAGUGAUUAGUAGUGAUAAAUGAAUACACAAGUGAAGGUGUGCAUUCCUGGUAGAGUGAAUUGUUGGAGAAAACAGAAGGAAAGACCAGCCAUGAUUUGCUGCUCAUGAUUGCACUGACGUUUGAAAUCAUGGCAGCAUGAACUACACAGAAAGACAUACAGGCACUGGGAAACAUUGCAAGAAAAGGCCAAAGACAGUUGUUUUAGCUAUAAUGGUUUUACUCAAACAU